AUGAGAAGGCGGACUGACCGGCGGAGGUUUGGCGCUGUGGCGACUUUUGUCCCCCUUCUGGUGUUUGUGGUGGUGGCUCUAUCGGUUUGCCAGGAUGCCCUGCGGAGUGUGAAGCAUUCAUUCAGUGAGGUGGAUUUUGAGGGGGAGCAGCAGCUGCGGCAGGAGACGAGGAAGGAAGAGCGGUCUCCGUUAGGGGCCACUUUUACUUCAAAGGUCCAGAGUAUAUUAAAUGGUAGUCGUCUGGUAGGAGACGGGCUGGACGUGCAUAUGUUUGUUCUCUGGCAGCAUGCGUACCCCCAGUGGCGGGCGAUCUUACAAGACAUUUGUAAGAGUUUUGUCGUACUUGAGCUGGCGGAGUUUGACUGGGGCGAUACACGGAUGGGGCUUCAGAGGUUCUUGUCUAACCUCUGGGUACUGUAUAAUGGCAAAGGCGGCUGGGAGAGGGAGGGAAUGGCGAAGAAGGUACAACAAUGCGGAUAUGGAAGAUUUAUUGCUAUUGCUGUUGCGGAUAUGAAUCCUCAGUACGCGAGGAAACACACGGCUCAUGGCGUUGAUAUUGUCAAUGUGAUGGCGCAUAAAAAGAAAGUGCUCUACAGAAAGUGGUCGGGAGGCGGAUUUAAGGUGCAUGGAACAUUUUCCACACAUGAGGCCAACCAUGACAUUCGCGUCCUGCUCCACACCACCAUUGAGGGCCUCCUAUUGCGCGCGAUGGAGACCCAGGCCUACGCCAGAGACAUCGUGUCGGCGUACUUGGACGAUCCUGCUCCCUUCUAUACGACGCGGGAGGUGUAUGGGGCUACAAACCUGGACAAUAAUGGUAGCAAUGGUAAAGCGGAUGACAACGCUACACGCUACCACCAGCAAGGCUGGCACUGUGAUGCAUUUUUUUUCGCAUUGGGGUCCUUGAUGCAAGUGGCGGUAGUGGACGGAAGAACAGGAGUCCUGCUUUGGUCGCAACGCAGCUCCCUUCCUGGGACGCCGUUAGCGGUACAUGUAGUGACAAAAACUGAGUGUGCCGCGUGGCCCGAUAAGUUAGAGCUUCGCAUUCUCUUGUCGGAAAUGUGGGGCGCUGUGGCGCUUCUGCGUGCGUCACCGGUCAAUGCAGUGGGGGUGACGUUGAGCAGUGAGUUCACAGUCGAACUGGAGGGAUCUACUCGAGUGUUACUUCUAACGCCCUUUAAAUGA